AUGUGCAUUGACUACACCAGUCUCAAUAAUGCUUGCCCAAAAGAUUGCUACCCCCUACCGAAGAUCGACCAGCUAGUUGACGCCACGGCCGACCACGCCCGUCUUUCGUUUAUGGACGCAUUCUCCGGGUACAACCAGAUCAAGAUGGCACCCGAAGACCAAGAACACACAGCCUUCCUCACCGAGCAAGGGAUAUAUUUUUACAAAGUCAUGCCGUUCGGGUUGAAAAAUGCCGGGGCAACCUACCAGAGGACGGUGAACAGGAUAUUCGCCCAUCAGAUUGGACGAAACAUGGAGAUAUAUGUCGACGACAUGAUCGUAAAGAGUCGAACGGCGGAGGCCCAUCCUUCCGACCUAGCUGAAACAUUCGACACCCUGCGAAGGUUCGGCCUGCGCCUCAACCCCGCCAAGUGCGCCUUCGGCGUGACCUCAGGAAAAUUCCUCGGAUUCAUCAUACAUGAGAGAGGGAUUGACGCCAACCUGGAAAAGAUACAGGCCAUCAUUGACAUGCAGCCUCCUCGGACGAUCAGAGACCUGCAGCGCCUUAACGGGAGGCUAGUCGCGUUAUCACGUUUUCUUUCCCGAUCGGGAGAUCGUUGCCUCCCCUUCUUCCAGGCCCUGAAGGAUCCGAAGAACUUCCGAUGGACGACGGAAUGCGAGAGGGCCUUCGAGCGGAUGAAGCAACACCUGGCCAACCUCCCCCGACUCACUUCAGUCUCCCCUGGGGAGAAACUGAGUCUCUACCUCGCCGCCUCCCAGCACGCGGUCAGUUCGGUUCUGGUCAAAGAAAAUUCCAGCGACCAACUGCCGGUCUACUAUGUCAGCCACAUGCUGAGCGGGCUAGAAGAACGCUACCCGCCAAUCGAAAAGCUGGCGCUGGCGCUCGUCCUGUCGGCGCGAAAACUCCGCCCUUAUUUCCAGGCCCACACGAUAGAGGUAAUAACUGACCAGCCGCUCCGGCUUGUUCUGUCUAAAUUCGACGUUGCAGGGCGUCUCCUCAAAUGGGCAGUGGAGCUCGGCGAGCACGACAUACAGUAUAUACCGCGGACCGCCAUCAAAGCACAGGCCGUGGCAGACUUCAUUGCGGAGCUGACCCCGAGCACAGGCGAGGAACUCGAGCCACCGCGUGAGACGUGGACCCUCCACGUAGAUGGGUCGGCCAACGCAAAAGGCGCCGGCGCAGGGCUGGUGCUGGAGACACCUGACGGCCGCUCGAUCGAGCGCUCCUUCCGCUUCGGGUUCAGGGCCACCAACAACGAGGCAGAAUACGAGGCUCUCCUGGCGGGGCUCCAGUUGGCACUGGAAAUGCGGGUGACCGACAUACGCGUCAUCACCGACUCACAGCUGGUGGCUAGGCAGCUCGACGGCGGAUACGAAGCCCGGGACCCGACUAUGGCGAAAUAUCUGGCACAGGUAAAAAGCCUUGCCACCAAGUUCGCCCAUUUUGAAUUGUCGAAUGUUCCCAAUAGCGAGAACCAGCGAGCCGACACCUUGGCAAAAUGGGCGUCCGGCUCGGCCCCCUGGGCUCGACCCGAGACCGAAGUGCUCCCCCACCGAGCCAUAGAGGUCAUCGCCACGGUCACGGGCGGCGCGCCGGCCACUUGGGUACAGGAGAUGCUACGCUUCAAGAGGGAUGGGGCCCUACCCGACAAUGAAACCACAGCUCGACGCUUGCGUCGGACGCAGGCAUGGUACGUCGAAGAGGAAGGACGGCUGUACAAGCGGUCCUUCUCGCGCCCCUUGUUACGCUGCCUAGAGCCGAACGAAGCUCGGACCAUUCUGUCCGACAUGCAUGAAGGGGCCUGCGGGGUACACAUAGGCGAACGAGCCCUAGCGCACAAGAUACUCCGACAGGGGUACUACUGGCCGACCAUGCGCCAGGACGCGAAAGCUUUUGUGUGGCGGUGCGGCUCAUGCCAGGAGCACGCCCGCACCGCCCGACGGCCAGCGGUCCUGUUCACCCCCGUCGACUGUGCCUGGCCAUUCGCGCAAUGGGGACUGGACAUACUCGGGCCUCUCCCACCCGCCUCCGGCCAGCGGAAAUACAUCAUCGUGGGAGUGGACUACUUUACCAGGUUGGUCGAAGCCGAGCCCCUAGCGACCAUUACGGAGUCACAAGUGGAAAGGUUCGUGUGGAGAAACCUCAUAACUCGGUUCGGCCUGCCCCAGUCCAUCGUCACCGACAAUGGACCUCAAUUCGCCGACAGGAGAUUCCAAGAGUUUUGCGCCAAGCACAAAAUUCAGCUGAGGUUCAGCUCGGUGGCUUACCCCCAAGCGAAUGGGCUAGCUGAGGUAACCAACCGGUCCAUCGUCGACGACCUCAAAAGAAGGGUAUCCGCUGCCCGAUCGGCUUGGAUCGACGAGCUCCCGAGCGUCCUAUGGGCGCUGCGCACUACCCCCAAGACCCCGACCGGGGAGUCUCCCUACAGCCUCACGUUCGGGACCGAGGCCGUAUUGCCAUCCGAAGUAGCCAUCCCGACUCCGCGGACGGCAGACUACGGCGAAGAGGCCUCGGGAGAAGGGCUCCGAUUCAACCUGGACCUGCUCGAGGAAAGACGGGCCGACGCACACCAGAAAGCCCUUUCUUACAAAAGAGCCGUAGCGAGGGUCUACAACCGGAGGGUACGACCCCGAUCAAUAAAAUUAGAGGACCUGGUCCUGCGCAAAAUCGAGGUCAACCGCCCAACCCAAGCAAGGGGGAAACUGACCCCGAAGUGGGAAGGACCCUAUCGGGUCAUCGGAGUAUCCCGACCGGGGACGUUUCGACUCGCAACAAUGGAUGGCGACCCCGUGCCCCGGACUUGGAACAUACAGAACCUUAGGAAAUACUUCGUCUGA